UUUAACUUUUUAGACAAUGAUGGCAUAUUCGUCUAUAAUCCACGAUAAUCCAAAAACAUAACAAAUGACUGUCACUAGAUCAAACACCCCCUGUAGCGUCAUAACGCGGUAGCGAGCGUCUUCCAAAAUGGCGUCCAGAUAUUAUCAAGAGAUGCAAGAGAGUUUCAGAAAUAACAACAAAAGCAGGGAAUUCCCUGCGCAUAGCGCUAAAGUCCAUUCAGUAGCAUGGAGUUGCGACGGCAGGAGGUUGGCAUCUGGAUCUUUUGAUAAAACAGCAAGCGUAUUUGUCUUGGAAAAAGACCGUUUGGUGAAAGAGAACAACUACAGAGGCCAUGGAGACAGUGUUGAUCAGCUGUGUUGGCAUCCUACCAACCCAGACGUGUUUGUCACUGCAUCAGGGGACAAGACCAUACGCAUCUGGGACGUCAGAACAACAAAGUGCACGGCUACUGUCAACACUAAAGGGGAAAACAUCAACAUCUGCUGGAGUCCCGACGGCCAAACGAUAGCCGUUGGGAACAAGGAUGAUGUGGUUACCUUCAUCGACGUCAAAUCACACCGGUCACGAGCUGAGGAGCAGUUUAAGUUUGAAGUCAACGAGAUCUCGUGGAAUAAUGACAACGACAUGUUCUUUCUCACCAAUGGAAACGGGUGCAUCAACAUCUUGAGUUACCCCGAGCUGAAGCCCAUCCAGUCGAUCAACGCCCACCCCUCCAACUGCAUCUGCAUCAAGUUUGACCCCACGGGGAAAUACUUUGCCACGGGAAGUGCAGAUGCCCUGGUCAGUCUGUGGACCGUUGAAGAACUGGUCUGUGUUCGCUGUUUUUCCAGAUUGGACUGGCCAGUGAGAACAUUGAGUUUCAGCCAUGAUGGGAAGAUGCUGGCUUCAGCCUCCGAGGACCACUUCAUAGACAUAGCUGAGGUUGAAACAGGAGAGAAGCUGUGGGAGGUCCAGUGUGAGUCUCCUACGUUAGUCGCCUGGCAUCCUAAGAGACCGCUGCUGGCCUACGCAUGUGAUGACAAGGAAGGGAAGUACGACAACAAUAGAGAGGCAGGCACUGUCAAACUGUUUGGAUUACCUAAUGAUUCCUGAGUGUGAGUCGAGGCAGGCGCUGUCAAACUGUUUGGAUUACCUAAUGAUCCCUGAGUGGCAGGCACUGUCAAACUGUUUGGAUUACCUAAUGAUUCCUGAGUGUGAGUCGAGGCUGGCGCUGUUAAACUGUUUGGGAUUACCUAAUGAUUCCUGAGUGGGAGUCGAGGCAAGCACUGUUAAACUGUUUGGGAUUACCUAAUGAUUCCUGAGUGGGAGUCGAGGCAAGCACUGUUAAACUGUUUGGAUUACCUAAUGAUUCCUGCGUGGGGUAGCGAUGCUGGCGCUGUCAAACUGUUUGGAUUACCUAAUGAUUCCUGAGUGGGGUCAAACACACACGUCUCUUGAUUCACUCUUUAAACUGAGUUUAUGCGGAUGAUUGGCCCUACUUUGUGGAGGCAUGUUACCUAUCCCUGUGCUGCAAGACUUCUUCUUUAUAUGUUCAAUACAACAUCCUUGACUUUUGGUCCUUUUUAAAUACAGCCAGAAGGGAUGUCUGUUUAAAUAGCUACGUCAUGUAAACUGAUAUUUCUCCAGAAGUCAAAUCCUCAAUGUUCUUCUACUGUUUUUUUUCUUUUCUAGAAAGAGUGCCAUCUUAGAUGUAAAAUGAACAGAUAAUUACAGCGGUUCUGAUGAGGGAAGAGGGCCUAGGGUUGCCCUGGAGGGAAGAGGGCCUAGGGUUGCCCUGGAGGGAAGAGGGCCUAGGGUUGCCCUGGAGGGAAGAGGGCCUAGGGUUGCCCUGGAGGGAAGAGGGCCUAGGGUUGCCCUGGAGGGAAGAGGGCCUAGGGUUGCCCUGGAGGGAAGAGGGCCUAGGGUUGCCCUGGAGGGAAGAGGGCCUAGGGUUGCCCUGGAGGGAAGAGGGCCUAGGGUUGCCCUGGAGGGAAGAGGGCCUAGGGUUGCCCUGGAGGGAAGAGGGCCUAGGGUUGCCCUGGAGGGAAGAGGGCCUAGGGUUGCCCUGGAGGGAAGAGGGCCUAGGGUUGCCCUGGAGGGAAGAGGGCCUAGGGUUGCCCUGGAGGGAAGAGGGCCUAGGGUUGCCCUGGAGGGAAGAGGGCCUAGGGUUGCCCUGGAGGGAAGAGGGCCUAGGGUUGCCCUGGAGGGAAGAGGGCCUAGGGUUGCCCUGGAGGGAAGAGGGCCUAGGGUUGCCCUGGAGGGAAGAGGGAAAACAUCAUUUCAUCUCUGUGGUGAAGGGGAAAACACUAGUGUUCUCUUGGAAACCACCAGAUGGCAGUGGAUCCCAAUUAUGAAAUGGUUGUUUGUUUCUGUAGACUUUUCUACAUGACGGUUUCUCCAUACAGUUUGCAAUUACACACAGUGCUGUAUCACAUUUUUGUUGAAACUGUAAAUAUAUAUAUAUAUAUUUUUUUAUAUUAAAACAACAGUCUUGCAUACUUGUCUUGGUUGAACAUAUCAAGGUAUAAAACUAAUGGUUGUAUGUUUGCUGUCUAUAGAUUUGGUGGACUAUUUCACUAAGAGGGGACUGUAUCUCAGCCAGGAAAUGGUGAUUCAUUGCAGGCUAUGGCAUGAAGACGUUGUGUAACUAAAUGCAUUUAUGUAAUGUACACAGAGAUGGUGGGUGUGAGGUCUUGGACUUGAUAUGGUAGCCUACCCUCUGUAUCACAGCUCCCACACACCAACCAGCACAAGGCCAUGUUAUCUUAACUGGGUGAAUACGAUGCCCUGCCAACUAAGUAGAGUAUACAGUCCGGUCCAAAGACGAGCCAAAAAUACUUUCAAAUAAAUCAUACAAGUUCUGGGUUAUAUUGCAUUUUCCUGUCCAAUGAUGUAAAAAUAUAUAUAUAUAUAUAUAUUUUAUACUGAUACAAUGGCUCAGAGAAAUAUAUUUUGUUUAACAAGUAAUACUUUUUCCCCCUCAGAUGUGUUGAAUACCUCACCUUUUGAGUAUAAUGGCACUGAGCCUUUUUUUCUAAAAUGUCUCAGAUUGGUUUCCUUCCAUUGAUAUCCUUCAUCUGCGCUUAGGGACGGCCCUCAUCAAGUUCCGGAUAAUGAGAUGGCUAUUGCAAAAUGUUUAUUUUAUUUUGUGGUCGAUUUAACAUUUCUUUGUGUAUUUUGAUGUGUGCUUGGGGUUAUUGUCUUGCUGGAAGAUUCACUAUAUUUUUGAGAGAGAAAAAAAAUUGUUUUACAAAAAGUUUUUCUUCAAUUGUGUUAGUAUAAUAAAAUGUCCAAAUGUUUUUGAACAAUCUAGCCCAGUAUUUGUGUUAUUUAUUUGAUAGACUUCUUUGCUGAUAUAUGAUCCAUAUCUUUAUGUACAUAUUCUUUAUCCCUUUACACUUGUGUGUGUAUAAGACAGUAUUUUUGGAAUUGUUAGAUUACUUGUUGGUGAUUACUGCAUUGCCGGAACUAGAAGCACAAGCAUUUCGCUACACUCCACAUUAGCAUCUGCUAACCAGGUGUAUGUGACAUAUAAAUUUGAUUUGAUUUGAAAUAAAUGAAACAUGUUUUUUUUUUUAAAUGGUGUCAUUAAUGUUGGAACGGACUACUUGGCUGUAAGUAGUCUGUGUGUACGUAAUGUGGACUUGUGUUUUCAGACAUGUCAUAGUGAGUAUGAGUCAAGUCAUAGUGAGUAUGAGUCAUGUCAUAGUGAGUAUGAGACGAGUGGUAAGCGUAUAAGUUCAAGCUGAGCAGUUAUCACGAUGGGUGAUUUGUUGUAUGAGACAACAGCGAUAACAGGUUUGAAUAAAUGUGGGUUUUUGAUACUUAUGUAGGUGUCAUAACCUGCCAUGAAAUAACACUAUGUCACAACAGGUGUACUGUAAAUAAGUAGGUCAUGGGUGUUAUGACCAUACUAUGACAGGUUAUGUCAGCUGUUAUGACGCUGGAAGUCAAGUAAAGUGUUACCACAACAGCUUAUGUAGCUUGCCUCUGGCCUGCUGCCACAGCUGAGGAGGGAGAACACACCGUUUGUUUAGAUGGAAGCACAGCCGGUUCUUUCAUACUGUUCUAAGAACAUGCUGAUGUUUCUAGAAUGCAACAGUUCCUCGUGUCUGAUGUUUCCAGAAUGGAACAGUUCCUCGUGUCUGAUGUUUCUAGAAUGGAACAGUUCCUCGUGUCUGAUGUUUCUAGAAUGGAACA